AUGGCCGAUGUGCAGGAGCGUCUGAAGGCGAAGUUUGGUAACGCCGUGCCUUCGCGUACCGGCGGAAAGGGAACGCCGCGACACAAGCAGAAGCGCAAUGUCGCGCGAAACGCCAACGACGACAAGAAGCUCCAGGCCACCCUGAAGAAGCUGAACACCCAGCCCAUCCAGGCAAUUGAGGAGGUCAACAUGUUCAAGAGCGACGGAAACGUCAUCCACUUCUCUGCUCCCAAGGUCCACGCCGCUGUCCCUUCCAACACCUUCGCCAUCUACGGUGCUGGUGAGGACAAGGAGCUGACCGAGCUUGUCCCCGGUAUCCUGAACCAGCUCGGACCCGACUCCCUGGCCUCCCUUCGCAAGCUGGCCGAGAGCUACCAGAGCAUGUCCAAGGACGGGGACAAGGAGGCCGACGAUGACGACAUCCCCGAUCUGGUUGCUGGUGAGAACUUCGAGAGCAAGGUCGAAUAG